AUGCAACUUAUCAUCGACGGCACGUCGUCGUCCAAACUCGGCUGGCCCAAAGGGCCGUGGAUGGCGCAGUCGGCACACGCGGCCAUCAGUGCGAUCCAAGUUUCUCUCAGCUCGUCGCUUACACAAGCAUACAUCUCUCCCAGCAAUCUCGCAUCCAUGCACAAGGUGGUCCUGCAAACGGCUGCGUCGGGAAAAUCCAAGAUGACACUGCGCGAGUUAUCGCAGAAGCUGACGGAGGCGAGAAAGGCAUACCAAGAAGCAUACGCAGCGAAACCCAGCGCACAGCAAAUACACGAGGGCGACGAAAACGAGUUUCCCAUGCAUUACCUCUGGGUGGAACAGCCAGAGAACGUGCCCACCUGUUUGGCCAUCGCGCCGAACCGGAAACCAGCAAGUCUCAAGAAGAUCUUGCGCUCGUGUACGCUCGUAAAAGACUGA